AAAUUUUAGUUCAAAAUGUGUAUUUCGAGUCAAAACAUGUUUGUUCGGUAGGCGGUAAGUUUUCAAUACAUUUGACAAGAUUAUAAUACCGAAAUAUUCACUAAGGACAAACAAUUAUAAGCCUUAUGCGUGAGCAAUAGAGUUAACAACUUAUUAUUGGGUGUCAACUUAUUGUGGUCAAAGUAACGACAUUCGUAAUCGUAUGGGUGCGAGCGAGACGGCUCGCUUGACGUUCAACCAAUGGCGCGCGACGAAGCUAUCCGACGCCACAGAUCAGUUAGUACCCGACGCGAUGACCGACGAGUGAGUGAGGUGUAAAGAAAGAUAUACUGAACUACUGACACAUUCGGAUAUGUAAAGAUAUGAAGAGUGAUUGAUUCAAAUGGAAUGAUUCAUAUCAUUUGUAUCUAUCACUCCUGAGUUACCCAUCUCUAUUAUCUAUCACUCCUGAGUUACCCAUCUCUAACUGAUUGACAGCAAAGCGUUACUCAACACUGAAAUCUUUUAAUAAUUAUUGUUUUGUUAAUGGUAGCAACGUAAUAAUUUACUCAGUUACCUUUGUUAUAAAAACUUUGGUUAAACAAAAUUGAUACAAUAUAGUAAAAGUACAAGAUGGAAAGAGAAGAUGGUGAAAUGAGCGAUGAUAACGAAAUGCAUGUUGAUUGUGAUGAUGUAAAACAACCAAUUUCAUUCAAUGAAGAUUGCACAGUGGUCUACAAAGCUGACAAAGCUGGAUUAAUUAUUGAAAAAUUGGAGAAAGUGGAUGCCUCUAAAAUAGAGGAAAGGGCAAAAAGAUUUGGUUUAAAUCUCACUGGAAAUAGAGUUAUCACACAAAGACAAAUAGAUGAACUGUACCAGAAUUUUGGCAUAGAAAGUGGAAAUGAGAGGCAUUUUCGCUUUGAUGCUAUCAAUUUGAAUGGUGUUGAUGGGCUUACUACAAAGGAAAUAUUUCAAUAUUUAGAAGAUUAUAAGCCACUGUCUCUUGAAUGGAUCAAUGAAACAUCAUGUAAUGUUGUCUGCCAGGAUCACAUUUCUGCUGCAUUAGCUUUGUUAGUUCACUCAAGGGAAAUAAGAGAUGAAAACUUAAAGCAAAUGCUUGCUGAUAAAGCUAAUCAUCAUUGGAGAGAAGGUAUGCCACAUCCAAAAAAAGACUUAAUAUUAAUGAGAUUCGCUACAAAUGGAGACAAGAAAAUUAUUAAAAAAAAACCACAAAGCAAACAUAUUGAUGAUUAUUAUGAUCAAACCAUGGAUUCUGUAAGUAAAAAUCCGUGGGGUGAGCUGUGUCAAUCUUGGGGAGUGUAUGAUCACCAGGAAGUUUUUCAAAGGCAACCAAGAUAUAGAGACGAAGAUGAAACAGAAGAGCCAGAAAAAGUUAUUAAAAUUAAAAAUAAAAGUUUAGCUAGUCGAUUAGGUAAAAGACAUAUAGAUAAAGACAAUUACAAUAAAAAAGAAGUUGAAGAUAGCGAUUCUGACACGGAAUGGAAAACUAAAUCUAAAGCACCUAGAAUGAGGAUGCAUGCAGAUGAUGAAGAAUCUAGACAAAAGAAAAAAUUGGCUAUGCAAUAUACUAAAGAACCAGAUGAAUUUUCACCACUGUCAAUUGAAAUUGAAAAUUCUCGUAGCAAUUAUACUCAGAAGGAACACACUAAGCUAUCAGAAAAAUUUAAGAAGCAUGAAGUCCAUAGGAAAAAGCACAGUAUCCUAUCACGAUUAGGUGAUAAAGUAAUUCCUGCUGAAGAAAGCCUUUCAAGUGAUGACUUAUCUGAAAACUCUGAUAGUAAUGUUAUGAGUCGAGUUCACAAAGUAAAUAGCUCUAGCAGUGUUUGGUCAAGAUUAGAUAUGAAAUCCAGCGAUUCUAUAAAUACUCCUGACCAAAGUGACUUGCGUCAAAUUUUAAAAUCAAGAAAAAAUAAAAAAUCUGAUGACUUAAGGGGGAAAUUAGGUAAAACAAAACAGAGUAAUUUGAGAAUUGAAUUUGACAAUAAUUAUGCUCAUGAUUUAUAGUUGUAUAUUAAAGACUAGUAUAAUUCUUUACUGUAUGUAUACACUGAGACUAGUUUGAUAUUUUUCCAUCGUUUUAGGGUUCCCUAUUGUUUUCGCUCCUCAGUCUGUCCUUCUGUCACCAGGCUGUAUCUCAUAAACCGUGAUAGAGUUGAAAUUUUCAUAGAUCAUGUAUUUCUGUUGCCGCUAUAAAUACUGAAAACUAGAAUGCAUAUCUUCGUAUUUCGAAAUUACUAAUCAUGUUUCAGAGCUGCGUCAACUCUGUUGUAUCUUCCAUGAAAUGUAUAAAACUAAGUCGAAUUAAUUGCUGCAUUGUGAAUUUGAAUACAGAAAUAGAGAAAAUAUAUGUAAAUUGUGCAUAUAACCUGAUGUACCAUGUAAUUAUAGACACAAAUAAGAAAUAACAAGUCUUAGUGUAUGUAUACAUACAGUUUAUCAAGUUUUUAGGUAAUAUUUUUUUAGUUGGAUCCAAAAACCCAUUUAGGUUUCUAAGUUAAUUUUUAAGGCUUUGAUUUAAUAGGCUUCUUAUGUUCUAAAAACAAGUACUGCAAAAGUACCUUCUUUUUUUCUUUGUGGAAGUCAAACUAAAUAAAAGGUAUAUUUAAGAUAAUUCUACUUUUUAGUUUUGUAAUGAAAUUGACUUAUUGCAAAGCCUAAUGAAUUUGACUAUGAUUGUACAUCCAAUCUUAUGUUUACCUAGAAAUAAUAAUGUCUAAAUUGGACACUAGUAAGAUUAUACAUUUGGUUAACUAUGAUAAUUAUGAAAGAAAUAAUGGUGGACAACUAAAUUAAGUAAUAUGAUAUAAAAUACAAGAGGGACGUGAAUGAUUUAUCACAAUUUUUGUAUGUUAUGUUAAUGUAUGAGCACUGAAAUGUUUUUGCUUUUUUAAUUGUAUGGUGGCAAAGUAUAGGAAUCUAAUAUCGAGACUAAAGAUUUUUGUCACAUAUGCGUUAGCAAAUUACGUAAUGUAUCAGCAUAAUAAUGUUUUACUGCAAUAUAAAAUAUAACUUUGUGGUAAAUGUAUGAUAACUAUGGAUUUCGUUUAUUUUUUAUUACAUAUAAAUAUGUAUCCCAAUUUAAUAGCUCUUGGUUAAAUAUUAAAUUGGGUUCGAAUUAUCUGUUUGCUGUGCAUAUCGCGAAAGUGACAAACUAUAGAUAUGACUUACACAAGCUAUAUAUACUGUACCCACUAUGAUUUUAGAUCUUAUUUUUUUUUUGUGAGAAAUCAUCAGUGUGCUAGUCUCUUACUGUCUAAAACCGUCUAAAAUGUUCUUUUUGGAGCCUUUUGUGUACCAGGGCCGCGGUCUUUCGAACGAGCCUGCAGCCCUUAGAUUCUACAUCUUCAAAUCCUUUGACAUGUAUAUCUUGAAACCCAAUGACAAUUUUGUAAUAAGGUAGUUUAUUGAUUCCUUAUUCUUGAUUUAAAACAUCCUAUCAAAUGAUAUGAAGAGGUUUACAACUGUAAGGUAUUCAAUGUUAUGAAAUAAAAAAAUCUUAAAAUUGAUCAUAAUUUGAUUUAUUAUUGUUUUGUGCUAUUGCAUGUGUUAUGUCUUACUCAGAAAAUGUAUAAUGCUUAUAAAACGCAGAGAGGUUAGUAAAACUACUGGGCUGGACUGAAAAAAUCUGCAGGUUAAAGUAAGAUAUAUACAACCUAUGUUAGCAUUAAUAUAUAGUAUCAAAAUAAAACGAUCAAGGAAUAUGAGUGCAAGACUAGUUAUUAAUAAAAUCUACUUUUUUAGUCAUAUGAAACAUGUUUUAUUUGAAGUAAUCAAAUUAAAUAUUUGACGUAAUAUAAUUAUAAUUUAAAUAAUUCGGAAGACGAGUAUUCGAAUUGACUAUAAAACAAUGAGUUAGUAUGCCGUUAGUUAUUAUAUUGAUUAAUGUGUGUUCAUAGCUAUAUUAAGCCUCUAGUGGUGAUGAAGUUGAUGAUGUACAAACUCAAAAGAUUAAUUGUUGCAUAGUAUUUAACGUGAGGUAAUCUACAUUAUUUUGUUUGAAUGUCCUUUUUAGUAAAAUUAGUGAACAUUCAUGAAUAAUUGUAUAUUACUGAUAUUCAAAAUUAAGUCCUUCGUAGACUUAAAAAAAUAUUAUUAUCAGUUAGUGGGUAAGUAUAAUACUGACAACUUAUUUUAACAUUUUUGUAAAUGAAAAUAAAUAAAUAUGUUACAGCUUGGCAAAUUCGAACAUGACACGGCUUUGGACCAUGGAGGGAUAGGUUACCGUCGAUAGAGAUGGCAAACGACUGACAUUACAGUCAGAUGAGCCCGUCCCGCACGUCUAGCCCCGCCGUCUGCGUUUACUAGGUCAUAUACGAAUUUGCUAGGCAAUAGUUAAGUACGAGAUGUUACCAUAAUGUGUAUAUAAAUUAUACAUUGUAAAACUUAACGAUAAUAAAAAAAUAUAAUAUCA